UCUGCGCGCGGGCCGGCCGCGCACGGCGGAGAGGGAGACGGCUGGCGGCGGAGAUGGCGACCGCGGUGGCAGCGACCGCGACGGCGGCGGAGCGGGCCGUACUGGAGGAGGAGUUCCGCUGGCUGCUGCAGGCCGAGGUGCACGCCGUGCUGAGGCAGCUGCAGGACAUCCUCAAGGAAGCCUCUCUUCGCUUCACACUGCCAGGCUCAGGGGCCGAGGGCCCCGCCAAGCAGGAAAACUUCAUCCUGGGCAGCUGCAGCACAGACCAGGUGAAGGGCGUGCUGACCCUGCAAGGAGAUGCCCUCAGCCAGGCGGAUGUGAACCUGAAGAUGCCCAGGAACAACCAGCUGCUGCACUUCGCCUUCCGGGAGGACAAACAGUGGAAGCUGCAGCAGAUCCAGGAUGCCCGGAAUCACGUGAGCCAAGCCAUUUACCUCCUCGCUAACCGGGAGGAGAGCUACCAGUUCAAGACGGGAGCCGAAGUCCUGAAGCUCAUGGACGCCGUGAUGCUACAGCUGACCAGAGCCCGCAACCGGCUCACCACCCCGGCCACCCUGACCCUGCCCGAGCUGGCAGCCAGCGGCCUCACGCGGAUGUUCGCCCCCACGCUGCCCUCCGACCUGCUGGUGAACGUCUACAUCAACCUCAACAAGCUGUGUCUCACGGUGUACCAGCUGCACGCCCUGCAGCCCACCUCCACCAAGAACUUCCGCCCGGCUGGAGGUGCUGUGCUGCACAGCCCCGGGGCCAUGUUCGAGUGGGGGUCCCAGCGCCUGGAGGUGAGCCAUGUACACAAGGUGGAGUGUGUGAUCCCCUGGCUGAACGACGCCCUGGUGUACUUCACCGUCUCCCUGCAGCUCUGCCAGCAGCUCAAGGAUAAGAUCUCCGUGUUCUCCAGCUACUGGAGCUACAGACCCUUCUGAGCUGGGCACCACCCAGAGCCUGUCCCCCAGGAGGCUGACGCUACCUGUGGAGUCCCAUCCCCCCCCCAAUCCCUCGUGGCACCUGCCGUGGCGGGCACCACGGGUUAUUUAUCUCCCUCUUUACCCACCCUCCACCCAAUCGCACUGCACUACCGGGAACUGGGAAGAGCACUGGACCUGGGUAGGGGCACUGGCUUGGUCUUGGGGUUGGUGGAGAAGGCGGGGCUCCUGCCUUCUGUACAUCCUGCACUCAGGGUGGUCCAGGCCCAGGGCUCUCUUGCCUCUGGAGGCCACUGGUGCACCUGAGGUACUGCUGGAGGGGCGGGGAGGGGAGCACAGGGCAAGCUGGGCAUUAGGACUCAGGGAUGGAAGGAAGGACCGGCAGUGGCGGCCGCACCGUACUGAAUAAGCACAGUGCUGGGGUUGUUCUGCAAUCUGGGUGCUCUAAGAAAUAAAGAGCAUCAGAGUUUUCCUGGAA